UUAAUGUCCCCAGAUGUCCCCACGGCUUCCGCGGCCACUGAUCAUCAUAUCACCUCAUCUUGCGUGCUCUCCUCAUACAUAUUCCUGUCGUUGAGAUUGAUCAAGUUUGAACCUGGCUUGGUUUUGGUAUAAAAGUCAAACGCGAAAUGUCACGGGUGUCAAGUGCCCCCAGGAAAUUUUAGCAGCAACAGCACAGCUAAACUUUAAUUUUGCAGAAAUAUAUAAAUAACUUACGUAGUUGCUGCCGUGUUUGAUUGAGAAAAUCAUUAUGGAAUCUCUUUACUUUGUCCUCGUUGUGGUUUGCAUUUCCCUUUUGAGCGGUGGUGGUGGUGGUGGUGGUGUGGCAGGACAAUCCACCGACCCCCCUCCAUCAACGACCGAAGUUGUCCCCGAUCCGACGACGGACUUACCCCCAGACACGACCGAUCCAGGCUCCACAUCCGAACCCGGGUAUGACUGCAGUACCGACGGGAUUUUCGCGGACCUCGAAUUCUGCGAGUAUUACCAUUCCUGCCAAAACGGGGUUCACGCUUGGAUAAAAUGUCAGAGCAAUUUCCUCUUUGAUCUCCGCUAUAUGGGAUGCAACUACCCGGAAUAUACAGACUGUGGAAAUCGAACCCGGCCAGACGGUUAUCCGGGCACUGUGACCCCGCCGGAUCCAGCCACCACGCCGGGGACGGGGUAUCAAUGUCCCCCGGAGGAUGGAAACUAUCCAGAUCCGGGAGAUUGUACGGCGUUUUAUCAGUGUUAUCAGGGGAUCGCUUAUCGACAAAGGUGCCCCUUUCCCCUCCGGUUUGAUAUCGCGCAGCAAGUCUGUAACCAUCCAGGUUUCGUAGACUGUGGCGACAGGCCGGUGCCCGAUCCGAGGAGGAAGUAGAAGUAGAAAUCUCUGCAUAAUUUAGUAUUUAGAAUAUUUAUGUAAGAAAUGUAUACAUGUGCGAAAUAAAUAUUUGCAUAUCAUCGACCUUAUCAUAAA